AUUUUGACGUGUCACAAUCGUGUUGUUUGCUGUCGAAUAUCGUCUGUUGUCACAAAGCUGGCAGUACUGGCUGUGCCAGGCCCCCAACAAGCUUUGAUCACAUUCUGGCGCGCACUGCAACGCCACGACUAGUUGUGGAGAGAAAGCUGGCGCAGAAUUCUGGUGGCGAAAAAAUAUCCGCUGGCUUACACAGGGACGAUCGAUCGUUAGCAGGGUAUUGUCCGUGCAGGAUAUUCGGGUGGUGUUGCCACUAUCUACCAUGAUGAUGAAAAAAGGUGUGCCGAUCGGGCUGAGUCUGCUUCUGCCGUCGUUACCAACGCUGAGCCCGAAGACCAGGAAUAAAGCGUAUCGAGGCUUGAUUUUGCUGCUGACUUUCCUGACUUAUGCUAGCUUUCAUUUGUCGCGCAAGGCAAUCAGUGUGGUGAAGAACGUCUGGAACCCAUCGAACUGCAGCACGCAUCUGCAUCUGAACGCAUCGGACAUAACGAAUCAACUGGGCGGUGAUUACGCGGAUGAUUCCCUAUACGACUACGACUCUUGGUUCAGCAAUGGCACCAUCUCCCAGAACAUGUCCACACUGACGUCGCCAACUAAGGUAACUACUUGCGGCUGGAGUCCGUUCAUAAACUCCGACCUGGAGCUGGCCCUACUGGACUUCACGUACCUCGGCUCGUACGCGUUCUUCAUGUUCUUCAUGGGGCACAUUGGCGAUCGUACCAACUUGCGCUACUUCCUCUUCCUGGGAAUGACGGCGAGCGGGGUGCUGACGGCGGCUCUUGGGUUCCCGCUCUGGCUCGGUAUUCAUUCGUACGCCUACUUCUUCAUCAUCCAGUUCCUGGCCGGUGCUGCCCAAUCCACCGGCUGGCCGAGUACCGUGGCAGUGAUGGGCCACUGGUUUGGCAAGGGUAACCGCGGCUUCAUCAUGGGAAUUUGGAAUGCACACACGUCGGUCGGCAACAUCCUCGGCAGCGCCAUCGCCGGAGUGUGGGUUGGCCCGCACGACUGGGCCUGGGCGUUUGUCGUGCCCGGCUCCAUCAUCUGCGUUGUCGGACUGCUGGUCUUGCUAUUCUUACCCGUCGACCCGGAAGCGGUCGGUUGCAACAAACCUGACCACAACGACCUGAAUGCUACUAGCGCGGAAGACACCGAUGAUGAGAAGCAACGGCUGUUGACGAAUGAACACCGGCCACUGAAUAGGGCGGUUAUCGUGUCUCACUCCGACACAGACUCUGUGGACAACAUGCCGCUGGCCUCGGGUGAUGAGCCCAAGCCUGCUCUGAAGUUUGUAGAUGCACUAAGAAUCCCUGGUGUCAUUGAGUUUUCACUGUGCCUUUUCUUUGCCAAGUUCGUUCCGUACAUAUUCCUGUACUGGCUGCCUGUCUACAUCCACGACAACGAGAUUGGUGGGAAGGUCAUAUCGCCAGAAAUGUCCGCCGACCUGUCAACGAUUUUCGAUGCCGGUGGAGUCAUCGGGGGCAUCACUGCGGGCGUGAUCUCCGACCGUGGUGGAACGAGAGGCCUGACAUGCGUGGGAAUGCUGGUGAUAUCCAUUCCGCUGCUCUGGGUGUUCAAGGCCUACGGUGAUGCCAGCAUGGGCAUGUUCAUCUUCAUGAUGAUCGUCACCGGCUUCUUCGUCAACGGGCCGUACGCACUCAUCACGACGGCUGUGUCCGCCGAUCUUGGCAAUCAUGAUGUGCUGAAGGGCAACCAGCAGGCCAAGGCCACUGUCGCUGCGAUCAUCGAUGGUACCGGCUCCAUCGGCGCUGCUCUGGGACCACUGAUCACCGGCAUUGGGUUGCAGAAGACUAAGAACUGGCUGCUUAUCAUCAUGAUCUGCAUGGGAGCCACGUUGGCCGCUGCACUGCUCUUGAUCCGGGUUUGCAUUCGGGAGAUUCGCCGGUUGCGUGGCUACUCCUCCUAGGCGGAGCACCUAACACCGUCACAGUAUGGUACUGUUGCAUGCUACGAGUAUCGCAGAUGCUGUUGUUGUUGGUUAAGGACAUGCCUGUACUGCAGUGAUGUCAGGCUUCGCCCUGUCCGGCUAAAUCCAUGCCGUAGUAUGCCCUACGCAGCACGGGCCGGUGUGCGUUCGGCUAUGCCACCGUGCUGCCACGUGUAUACAGUCUACAGUUCUGCACUUGCCGUGUGCCAAAUUAGUGUUGAAAUCCUUGUACACAGUGACAUGUUUGCGCUGUAGUCUGGGCUUCUUAAACCCCGCGUGUACAUUUAUAGCUUUCCUGUUGCAUUUUUGAUUUUCACCAAUAGGAUGAUAGUGGUCGAAAUGUUCCCACUGUCGUCGAAAGACGAUUGGUUAGCCCCAGCUAGUGGAAAGAUCAGUUGUGCCAACAUUUUUCAUCACUUAGACCAGUAUUGUGAAAUUCAAAUAUUGUCAUGGUAUGUUCCGAGGAGGUGCAGCUAGCCAUGCUCACACUGUGUUUUGCCCAUCCAUCUGCAUCAUCACAAUCCAUGUCUUUCUAUUUUAUUUAUUGCACUCGUUACGAUCCCUAUCAGGCUGAUUUUUUUUAUUGUUGAAUCGCUAGUUCUACCAACUUGGCAGGUAAUAGCACACUGCCGGGUAGCACAUCAAGUUAGUCUCAACUUGUGUAGUGCUAUGGCCAUUUCUAAAGACAGUUUUCAUUUCCAUGAUGACCGUGACCAUCAUUGAUUUCAUCACUUGGAGCCAAAUCUCCGCUGUCUAAAGUCAUUAUUUUAUAAGCUAAAUUUUUAAGCCUAUCAGGAAGCUAUGAAUAUAUUAAUACAUGUGCUACGUAAUGUAGCACAUCUAUUGAAUUGCCGAUUCAGGCUAAGUCUAUUCUAGGUUUUUUUCUUCUUCUUUAUUGCAGAUAGAACUGUUCGUCACAGUAUCAUGACCAGUGAUUAUUGGCACCUUUCUUUUAUGAUGGUAUCCAAUUCAGUAUCUUUAUUAUUUAAAUUUUAAAUUUUAUUCAUACCGGAGCUUUUGACUCCUGGUUGUCCCAUGAAACAUGUGUAAUUAUGAUGGUAUUGCCGAUGUCCAA